CGCAAAGAUGUUUGGUGUCGCAAACAUGACAAUGUUGUAAACAUAGGCUACUUAGUUGAUGGUUGGCGAGCUCAGUUAGGUACUUGAAGUGGAAUCAUUCCAUAAAGUUUUGAUUCCGUAGAGGUGCAGGCAAAUCGAAUAGAUGUCUGAUGCUCAAGAAGCCACAAAGCCAGACGAGGAGGUUCCAGUACCCCAGGACCAGUCGGACGAUAGCGACGAGGGUGAGGCAUCGGGAGACGGCGAAAUGGAUUUCCUGCGCAGCCUAUUUUCUCGGACACUCGGCUUGGGGCCUGGAGAAAAGGUUUUGGAUGAGUUGACGCUCGACGGUGUGGCCCGAUACAUCAAGAGCGGCGAGUGCAAGAGUAUCAUCUGCAUGGUCGGUGCUGGAAUAUCAACAUCGGCAGGCAUCCCAGACUUCCGCUCCCCAGGGACUGGCCUCUACGCCAACCUCCAGAAGUACAAUCUCCCUUACCCAGAGGCCAUAUUUCAGAUCAGUUACUUCAAGACACACCCCGAGCCCUUCUUUGCCUUAGCCAAGGAGCUUUACCCUGGACAAUUCAAGCCUACAGUGUGCCACUACUUCAUCAGGAUGCUGAAGGAGAAGGGGCUGCUCCGCCGCUGCUACUCCCAGAACAUUGACACUCUGGAGCGUGUGGCAGGGCUUGGGGAUGCAGAUCUGGUUGAGGCUCAUGGAACUUUCUACACCUCACACUGUCUCAGCUUCCUCUGCCGUAAGGAGUACUCCCUGGAAUGGAUGAAAGAGAAGAUUUUCAAGGAUGAGAUCCCCACGUGUGACAAAUGCAGUGGAUUGGUCAAGCCAGACAUUGUUUUCUUUGGUGAGAAUCUACCAGCACGAUUCUUCACUUCCAUGACAACGGACUUUCCUCGAUGUGACUUGCUCAUCAUCAUGGGUACAUCUCUACAGGUGCAGCCCUUUGCUUCCUUAGUUGGCAGAGUCCCUAAGAGAACCCCCAGGCUCCUCAUCAACAUGGAGAAGACAGGAGAGGGUGACUUCCUGAGUGGGAUGCUUGGUUUGGGUGGAGGCCUUGACUUUGAUUCAGACAAAGCUUAUAGGGAUGUGGCCCACAUCAGCACCUGUGAUGAUGGCUGCCUGGCUCUUGCAGACCUCCUGGGAUGGAAGAAGGAGCUACAGGAUCUGGUGAAGAGGGAGCACGCUUUGAUUGACAGCAAAAACAAGGACGAGAAAGGUGAAGCAGCCAAUGAGAAUUCUUCAGCCACAGAUAAGACGGCUCAGGGAGCGGAAGCUGGCAAAAGCGAAAAGACUGAGUGACCAAUGAUCAAUGACCAAUGACACAAGAACAAUGGAAAGAAACCCUGUUGCACUGGCCAGAUGUGGUUGAGAACAGGACUCUCCAUGUCCCUCUCUUCAGUUCAUUUCUUAUUCUUUGCACAUCUCUCUUUUCUUCUUUUUCUUUCUCUCUGUCCCUCUCUACUUCCUCUUCUGUUUGCAGAAUCAGUAGCAUGAACUACUUCUCUAACUUGGUCAGCAGAGCAUGAUGGUGGUAGUCAGGUUUCUGGGACCUGCACAUUUAGGAUCUUGCUUUCUUUAUGAGCCCAAGAGGAGGAGGAUCUACGCCUAAUCAGUUGACUGUACAUGGUUCUCAGUGGCUCAUCCACAUCCACACGCAAUACCAAUAGUGCAAAUUAUUGCUUCAGAUUAAGACAGUUAGUUCUCUUAAUCAUAAUUUUUUAAAAGCAAUAAGUCUGAAUUGUUUGAAUAUUUGGAUAGAAGAAAGUAUAUGAAUGAUAACUAACAUUAAUAUGUUUUAAUAUUUUAAAACUUAUCUGGAGCUUAAGUGUUGUUCUUUUUUUUUGGAGGAAGAAGUUGCUCACUCUAGUGGAGUGUUGCAGCACUGUUCUCUCUCACCAUAACCUCAAUACUAUCCCAGAGGCGGCACGUAUGAACGGCAAGUCAAAAACAAGACAUACGACUAAAGCAAAUAAAACAUUCUAAACAAAGUAGAA